GCGCACGGCGUUCACCUAUGGUAUCCCUUCAGUCAUUGCACACUAUUCACGAAGUUAACACGGGACGCAUGACACUGCAACAUGUCAAGACUCAAUUUCAUCCUAGUAUUACUGUCCAUUUCUCACGUGAGGGCGUUCGGUAAACGAUCCACCGAAGGAGUUGGCUUCGCGUGGGAUGUGACACCGGCCGAUCGACAAGACUACCAUCCCGGGAAUCAGCUCGGUUGGUCCACGCUCCGCCUCGAUGAUUCGCCUUUCGAGGUGCGCAGCGUCAGUGGAGUCGGUAAGCGUCUCUCGAGCAAGUCGUCCGACGCAACGAGCGGCCAGCAAAAGCGACUCCGUCGCCAGGUCGACGAACAGCACAUCGUCGAUAUCAAGCCCGAAAACAAAAGCUCGCGAGAAGCUCGAAUGAUGCCGUCGUCGUCGUCGGACAGCUGGUCCAAGUCGUUGGUUUCGCCGUCGGCGGCCUACCGACACCGAUACGACCAGUACGAUCCGAUUUACGACGACGACGUGGACAACAGCGAGGCGGCUAAUUUGCCUCCGCUCAUAAGAGCCCACUACGCGCCAAAAACGGACUUUGUAACCAGUGGCAGAGGCAGGUCACUGAAUCCUCACCUAGAUGGACGCUAUCCCGAAGCAAGAGAGUCUCGGGAUUUACCGGUAUCCAGAACGUACGAGGAUUACGACGUACCGGUGUUCCGCAAUAUCGUUCGAGAGCACGAUUUCGAUGUUCAGCUACCGAAAAAUUAUUAUCCCAAUCGGCAUCGGUCGCAGAGAGACUUUUAUCACCGAGGCGCCGCCAGCAGCAGCAUUCCCUACAACAACCGAUAUCGAGACGAAGACGAGGAUUACGAAACGUACGGCCGAUACAGACCGAUGCCCAAGCCAAAGAGAAUCAUCUAUUACGCCACCCUUCCGGAGAUCGUGCGGAAGCCGGUCGAUUUGAGAAACUAUCAGCGCCCGUACGAAGCUGUAGUCGUGUCGGCGUCGCCGCAACUUCGACCGGAAGCCCAGAUCGAGCCCGAAAGAAACAGAGUGGCGCCGAAUACCGUUGCCGUAGUUCCAGCCGAGCCUAGCAGAAGGCCAUUGCGAUAUUCCUAUGAUAACAACUAUGACAAUUACGUGAAAAGGUCAAGUUAUUACGAUCGCAGAAGACCUCCUUACGCCGCAGGUGAAGAGGAUCGGUUGGAUCGAAUGCGAGCUAGUUUCAACGAUCGAAUCCGAAGCGAUGAUCGUAGGUAUGAGAGCUUGGCUCGAUCAGUCAAUGAUCGUAAAACUCCUUGGCCAAUUCAGAUUGGAGCAGAAGUCAACGUUAAAGAAAAUGAAAGAAUACCCGGUAGAAAGUUUUUUGGUCAAAUUGAUAACUACGGUAGAUACGAUGAUUCAAGAUACAAAAAAAUUAUCGAUAACGAAGAUAGAAAAGAAGUUUUCAAUGACGAAAGAAAAAAUAACGAACGCAUUAAUAAUACAAAUAGUAAUAGCUACAAUAAUAACGACUCCAAAUGA